CACACCCGGCAAACAUUCUCUUUCACACAGGGGAAGACAGAGUCUCAAACCAAAAGACAACUCUCAGUCUGUCUGUAUCCCACAACAAAGAUUUCAGACGGGUUUUAACACUUUCAUGUUUCACUGAGUCCAAGUGGAGUGACGAAGGAGGUCAGCUACAGAGUUUUUAUUUCAGGCUUUGGGUGUUGUAAUGUUCCCCAGCAGCUGUUGUGACUCUGUGUCACAGAACAUGUGGAUAAGCGUCAGCGUGUGGGGAAUCUCCAGUACUUUCCAGCUUAAACCUUAAACUUUUGCCUGGUAAGUUACCAGCUCCAUUUACUCCCAUUUCUCUGAAAACCUUCAAAGUGCUGCUCAGAGGAGUGAGACAGGAUUUCAAGUUACAGGACAAAGUGACAGAAACGUUGCAAUGACUCUCCAGUGGACGGCGGUGGCCUUCUUCCUGUAUGCAGAGAUAGUGUUGAACCUCAUCCUGUGCAUACCCUUCAUAUCAGCACACAGAUGGCAUUUAGUUUUCCACUGGAGAAUCUGGAGCUGGUUGUCUCCAUACUGGAACAAGUUCUUCUUUGCGAUGAUAAUGGCCCUUGUUGUUCUUUUUUGUGACGCCAUCCGAGAAGUGCAGAAGUACUCUGGCCCUGAGCCCAUGCAUGAUGCCCAAGCCAACCCGAACCUGUACGACCACGUCCACAUGAAGCUGUUCAGGGCCCAGAGGAACCUUUACAUCUGUGGCUUCUCUCUUUUUCUCUGGCUUGUCAUGCGCCGGAUUGUCACUCUGCAAAACCAGAUUGCUGAGACUUCGGUAAACACUGCAGGUCUUCAGGCACAGAUGGAUAAUGCAUUUAAAACUGCUGAGAAGCACCAGGAGGACAACCAGAUUCUCAAAACAGCUCUCCUGGGAAGAGAACAAUCUACGCUGAUAACAAAUAAUCAAUUGAAGUUGGAGAUUGAAAAGCUUCAAAGUCAACUAAAGGUUGCCGAGGAAGCUGUGCGAAGGUCUGAUGCUGAAGUUGAAGCCAUGAAGAAGCAGGCCAAAGGUCUGGCGGGUGAAUAUGACAGACUACUAAGGGAGCACUAUCUGCUGCAGAACCUCCAAAGUGCUGAGGAUAAAAAAGAUCAGUAAUCACGUAGCUGUGAUGAGACCUGGGUUUUCCUCCACCCCUCCCACAGACGAGAUGUCGCAGCAACAGCAGACACCAUAUGUCUUCGUCACAAAACUCUUCAGGUUUAAUUUCUUCCGGAGAAGAAGAUUGUUUAUAUAUAUAUAUAUAUAUAUAUAUAUAUACAUGUAAAAGAUUAAAAAAAUUUUCUGCAAUUUGUUGAAUAAAUAAAAGCCCAUUUUCCAUUUUGUUUUGCUGGCAUGGUAACAUUUCAACACAUAUGCACAUAUGCAAUCUUAGUUCAUCUUAGAACCGGCUGGAAAAAUGUUUUGAGAGUUUAUUACUGAUUAUGAUUUUUUAAUAACACAUGAGGUCCACAGAUUCAAGAUGUACUACUUAAAGAUGUGCAAAAGACCAAAAGACUCCAGAGUAGAUAUUUUGACUUUUACAAAAACACAUACAUUAGGGAAAUUUUGUGAGAUUGUAACGUAACAUCUCCUGUACAGAAAAAGACAGAAGGACUCUCCUGUUACUUUUAAAAUAAUUCAAGAAAUGCUUUUCCUGUAAUCAUUUCUUGUAGGUAACCAGAAAAACCCAGAGUGGAGUUUAAUGGAAAGACUAUUCUCUAUUGAGUGGAACGGAUCCUUUUGCACAGCAAUAGAAACAGCGCUGGGGGAAGCAAUAUUUAAUUGUAAAUGUGAAGGAGGACAGAUGUCCAAACAGAUUUCUUUUAAAUAUAAAUAUAUCUAAAUAUAGCAACGCCCAUGUAUUAAAUGAUCAAUUAAUGUGACAGCCCCACUAAGUGGAUUAAAGAAACAGUGUUUAGUA